UAUAAAACCCUGGUCCACAGUGUCCCUACUGCAGGUCUCGGAUUAGUCCGACUUCCAGAUCGACUGGAUCGCACGCCCACUUUGCCGGAGCAGAGCCUGUCCGAGCCAUGUCCCAGGGGCUGUACCACGAGGAGUUUGCCCGAGCUGGCAAGCAGGCGGGGCUGCAGGUCUGGCGGGUCGAGAAGCUCGAGCUCGUGCCGGUGCCCCAGAGCGCUUACGGCGACUUCUACGUCGGGGAUGCCUACCUGGUGCUGCACACCGUCAAGGCGGGCCAGGGCUUCACCUAUCGCCUGCACUUCUGGCUGGGAAAGGAGUGUACUCAGGACGAAAGCACAGCAGCUGCCAUCUUUACUGUUCAGAUGGAUGACUAUUUGGGUGGCAAGCCAGUGCAGAGUAGAGAACUUCAAGGCUAUGAAUCUACUGACUUUGUUGGCUAUUUCAAAGGAGGUCUGAAAUACAAGGCUGGAGGCGUGGCAUCUGGACUGAAUCAUGUUCUCACAAAUGACUUGACCGCUAAGAGGCUCCUGCAUGUGAAGGGUCGGAGAGUGGUCAGGGCUACGGAAGUUCCCCUUAGCUGGGACAGUUUCAACAAGGGCGACUGCUUCAUCAUUGACCUUGGCACAGAAAUUUACCAGUGGUGUGGUUCCUCCUGCAACAAAUACGAGCGCCUGAAGGCAAGCCAGGUUGCCAUUGGCAUUCGGGACAAUGAGAGAAAAGGAAGAUCUCAACUGAUUGUGGUGGAAGAAGGAAGUGAGCCAUCAGAGCUCAGAAAGGUUUUAGGGACAAAGCCGGAGCUUCCGGAUGGAAAUGAUGACGAUGACACCAUAGCAGACAUAACGAACAGGAAAAUGGCUAAACUCUACAUGGUUUCAGAUGCCAGUGGAUCCAUGAGAGUGACUGUGGUUGCAGAAGAGAACCCUUUCUCCAUGGCGAUGCUGCUUUCCGAAGAAUGCUUUAUUUUGGACCAUGGUUCUGCAAAACAAAUUUUCGUAUGGAAGGGUAAAGACGCUAAUCCCCAGGAGAGAAAAGCUGCAAUGAAGACAGCUGAAGAAUUCCUAAAGCAAAUGAAUUAUUCCAGCAAUACCCAAAUUCAAGUUCUUCCAGAAGGAGGGGAAACACCAAUCUUCAAACAGUUCUUUAAGGACUGGAGAGAGAAAGAUCAGAGUGAUGGCUUCGGGAAAGUCUAUGUCACCGAGAAAGUGGCUCAAAUAAAACAAAUUCCAUUUGAUGCCUCAAAACUACACACUUCUCCCCAGAUGGCUGCCCAGCACAAUAUGGUGGAUGAUGGUUCCGGAAAAGUGGAGAUAUGGCGUGUAGAAAAUAAUGGUAGGGUUGAAAUUGACCAGAACUCCUAUGGUGAAUUCUAUGGUGGUGACUGCUACAUUAUACUCUAUACUUAUCCCAGAGGACAGAUCAUCUACACCUGGCAAGGAGCAGAUGCCACAAGAGAUGAGCUGACAACAUCUGCAUUCCUGACCGUUCAGUUGGAUAGAUCCCUCAGAGGCCAGGCUGUGCAGAUCCGGGUCUCCCAAGGCAAAGAGCCUGCUCACCUGCUGAGUUUGUUCAAAGACAAACCGCUCAUUAUUUACAAGAAUGGAACAUCAAAGAAAGGAGGUCAGGCACCUGCUCCCCCUACACGCCUCUUUCAAGUCCGGAGAAACCUGGCAUCCAUCACCAGAAUCAUGGAGGUAGAUGUUGAUGCACAGUCUUUGAAUUCCAAUGAUGUUUUUGUCUUGAAACUGCGACAAAACAAUGGCUACAUCUGGAUAGGAAAAGGUGCCAGCCAGGAGGAGGAGAGAGGAGCAGAGUAUGUGGCAAGUGUCCUCAAAUGCAAAACCACAAAGAUUCAGGAAGGCGAGGAACCAGAGGAGUUUUGGAAUUCCCUUGGAGGGAGAAAACACUACCAGACUUCUCCACUGCUAGAAACCCAGGCUGAAGACCAUCCACCUCGGCUUUAUGGCUGCUCUAACAAAACUGGACGAUUCAUCAUUGAAGAGGUUCCAGGAGAGUUCACCCAGGACGAUUUAGCAGAAGAUGAUGUCAUGUUACUAGAUGCUUGGGAACAGAUUUUUAUUUGGAUCGGCAAAGACGCCAAUGAAGUCGAGAGGACAGAAUCUCUGAAGUCUGCCAAAAUGUAUCUUGAGACAGACCCUUCUGGAAGAGACAAGAGGACACCAAUAGUCAUCGUAAAACAGGGCCAUGAGCCACCCACAUUUACAGGCUGGUUCCUGGGCUGGGAUUCCAGAAGGUGGUAAACAGGUUUUUAAUAGGAAAACAAAACAAACAAACAAACAAAAACCAAAUAUUUUGGAGCCACUGUCCCAUUGCUGUUUUGAGGAGAAGAAAGGUUUUUUGUUUAUUUGACUUUAGAAAAUUAACCUCAGCCCUAUGACGAUUUUUUAAUGCCUUGUAUUGGUUUGGAAUUCUUUCUAAACUAGAAUUUUCUUAUGUCAGUAUUUUGAAAUAACCUAAAGUAAUUUUUGUUACAGACCAAUAUUAGCUCUGCUGAAAACUCAUUUGUAUCUUUUUAUAUGACUUUUUAAAAGUUUGAAAAGCUAUGCAUAGUCUAGGGGAGUUUAUCAGGGAAUUUUAUAAUUCAGGAAACUUUAACCAAACUAGUUGUUUAUAUGCCAGAGAUGUAAGCCAUAAUGUCUUGGAGGUUAUUCUCCUUCCCAUAUGCUGUGUUCAAAAGAAUUGUAUAUUUGCAAUGAGGUUUAUGUUAAGAUGGUUUAAGUGUUUGUUAUUUGCCUUCUUCUGCCAGUGUGACUCUGAUACCAUUCACUCCUAAGUAUCAUCUUCUAAGAGUAACUUUACCAUUUUUGCCUUUUUAAAAGCCUUUGAAAUCACAGCUUUUUCAUGACAAAAUAAUUACAGUCUCAUCUGGUUAGAUAUAUGUAUUUGACAGUACACGUUUAAUACCACAAAGGUUACAUACGAAAAAAUUCAUUAAUGCUGUCUUUCAUCAUUAAAAUGCAUCUCUUUUGGAAAGGU